AUGGCAGCUCUUGACCACCUGCCUGACCCGUUCAUCACGCUGCCGUUCCGUCGCGGCAAAGAUGAAAUGCCAGACUGGAACAUGUGCCUCAAGUACAUCAGCGUCAACCACUCGAGCAACAACACUAGUAGUGUUGAGGCGACGUUCCAGCGUAUGAACACACUUCACAGGUCGAUUGUACAGACGUGCCGCUCCGACGCAAAGGCCUUGCCUACUGAAGACUUCAUUGAACACACGCUGAAGCCCUACUGCCAGCUGGUGGCAAUGGCACAGGCGCACCUUCCACUCCACGGGGCGCAGGUGCACAAAAACAUGCUCUUCUGCUGGCGAAGCAGUUUCGAUGAGAGCUACAAGAAUGAGUCGUAUAAUGGCAAUCUCGAGUUACUCUGUUGCAUAUACAACCUCGCGGCAUCAUGGGCGAGCUUGGCGGUACAACAGGCCAAAAGUGGAACCGUGGAUGGCGUGAAGAACGCCUUCAAGGGUUUCCAGAACGCUGCGGGGUACUAUGAAAUGGUCGAGCGUCUGCUGCAGCGGCUCCCGCCAGAGCACAUAAAAGGUGAUUUGUCGUCGGGCUCGCUCAGUCUGCUCCGCCGCAUUUGCCUUGCAAUGACACACCACUGCGCCUAUCUCAAGGCGGAGAAUGACAUGAAAGGGAACCAUGCCAUGCUUUCCAAGAUCGCACGAGAGGGCGGGAAGCAGUACGAGGACGUCGCAAGCAUAAUGAGGGGAAGUGAGUGGUAUACGGGAUUCAAGAAGGGUGGCUCAGCGACACGGGUUGAGUUGCUGCUCACGUCUAUGGGUUUGGUCUUGAACGCGCGCUCCCACUUGCACCUUGCGGUGCUGAAGGCGGAUGACGGUGAAGUCGGUGUCGCCAUUGCCCAUUUCGAGAGUGCGCAGGAUUAUUUCUCCAAGCUGCCCAAGAUGCCUACUUCAGAGCUCCGCAGUUGGAUCAACAGCAUCAUCAACACUGUCAACAAUGAACAUGAUAAGACAAUUGCAUCAAAUAAUUCAGUGUAUUUCAUGCGGGUACCGAAAGAGGUGGAGGCGCCCAGUGGCCUCCCACGGCCGCUUGGAAAAGCCACUGAGCACCCCAGUUUCACCGUAUUUGAGUCGAAACGCGGCGAAGACCCCUUCUUUGGCAUCGUCCCUGCGCACAUCGCGACGAUUGCAGCAAAGUGGCGUGAAAGGCAAAGAGAAAUCGUAUCGGUAUGCAAUAAGUCAUCUGCGUCGAUGCGCAACAAAGCAUCGGAGCGGUUUCAAAAGCUGGGUGUGACUGCCAUCAUUGAGGUGCUCUCUGGUGAAUCGCAAAGCCGUGGGCGUGUCCCCCCGCAGCUUCGUAACAAGAUUGAAUCACUCCGCAAAGAUGCAAACGGUGCAGAAGUUGGCGUUGUGGAUUCGCUUGUGGCAAUGGUGAAGACGUGCGAUGACCUUUGGGUUGCUUGUAACGAGAAGAUACAACAGGUUCGCGGGGAGCUGGAGGCGGAGCGCAAGGAGGACGAAGCAUACGUGAACGCGUACGGCGAGCGGAUGUGGCGGGGUGUGCAUCACCCUGCCAAUGAGGUAGGGGAGUACCACUCCAUCGAGGCUGCGCUGCGGGAGCAUGAGAAGGGACUGCAGCAGUGGUUGGUGGAACCAUUCGGCAAGGCGAAGGGUGCGAUGGAGACGUGUCUGCGCGAAAUCGCUCGUCUUGAUUGGCCAAUGCAGGAUUUGGAUGCUCUCAUGCCGUUUGUAGAGACAAAGGUGGCCCGUCAGCAGAAUGCAAAGGUAGUUGCGGAAGUGGAGGCACUGCGGAAACUCGUGCAGCGCAAACAUACUGUUGAGGAAACGCAGGAAGUGCAGUUAAGAGAGCUGAACGAGCUGCUUGAAUCCGAUACUGUGACAUAUGACCUUUCAGCGGUGGAGGCUAGCCAAUGCGAUGUCAUCUUGGACAAGGCGUCGCAGGCAAUUAGCGAUGCGACUGAGCGUGUCAACCAGACAGUGCGAGAGGAGGAGCAAAUCAUGACGGAGGCGGAGGAUACUGUCAACAGCCUGGGCGUUCUGCAGAGCUCCGAUCCCAUCAUGGAGAAGAUGCAGAAGGUGUGCAACGCCCUGGAGAGCGCCUGCUCCAUUUACACCUCUCUCCGGCAGGAGUUCGGGGACGUCAUGCGGUACGCCUCUUCCGCAUUGGAUGGGCUCGAAGCUACGCUCUCGAGCGCCAGGUCCUUCGCAGUGUGCCGUAAGUUAGAAGCCGAAAGCCUCCGAGAGGUGUUGGAUAUGGAAAUCGCCAAAAAAAUAUCAGAAAUGCAGCAAAAUCAGGCAGCAAUGGCGGCCAUUGAGGGGUCGAAGAGGCGUCAGGAUGACCUGCGUAAAGAAAUCGAGUCACUCGAGCAGCAGCAGCAUCAGUGGGAACCACAUCGAGCGGAACGAAUGGCUGAGGUGCUGCGCAGACAACGGGAAGCGGCGGCAACCUUUGUGGAAUAUCCUUCACCACCUCCGCCGCCGCCGCCGCCGCCUCCAAUGGGCUUUAAUGACGCCCCGCCCAGCUACGAAUCCGCAAUGAAUUCCUCUGACAAUCCGCCACCGCCGCCGUAUGGGCCGCUUUAG